AUGGAAGAUAAGCACAACGACCAACUACAAGACGCCACAUUCACAAAUUUCAUACCCAACAGCCCUGAAAAUGGUAUAAAUCUACAAUUACACAAGUCAGUUUACAGAACUAACUAUCCACAGACACGCGACUCAACAGCAACCUACCUCCACAUGCACUCCUCACACCACGCCGACCUCCUCGAACAAUUCACAAACCUCACCUCCUCUCAACUCACACCCGAAGACAUCUACAUCCCGCCGCACCUGCAGCCCGUAAACCCCGAAGACGAAGACGAUGUCGUGCCAGACCAACACGCCGCCUUCGGUAUACAGCGCGCGACACAGACCAAGAAAGAGCCGACGUGGCGCGACCUGGGGCUUGAGGAGUUGCUGAGGAGGGGCCCUGGCGGCGAGGUUGCGGGUGCAAGUACGAGUGCAGGUGCGGGCGUGGCAAGUGGCGGGACUGGACAGGCGAGAAGGGAGCCGGUUAGGUUGGCCUUGGCGAGACAGCCGGGGGCGAGGACGGGGGUGAGGGCUGUGAAUGGAGCUGAGAGGGGUAAUGGGGGUGUUGGGGGGAAUGUUGGGAAUGGGCUGCCGAGGUGA